AUGGGUAUGGGAGACUACUCGCCAGGUAGCGUGUGGUAUUACGCACCAAACAAAGCUGCACCAAUUGUCUUCAUAGUCCUCUUCUUCAUAUCUGGCGUACUACACGCCUAUCAGACCUACAAAUACAAAUCCUGGCGCACAACACUCCUCCUUCCCUGGGCCGCUCUCUUGAUGAUAUGCGGUUUCGCGCUGCGCCUGGCCGGGGCCUACCGCCCCUCCGACCUGGGCAUGCUCAUUGCCUCCACGGUCCUCAUCAUGUCCGGUCCACCCGUCUAUGCCUUGAUCAACUACUUCAUCCUCAGCCGCAUCCUGUACUACAUGCCCUACCUCGCACCAAUGCACCCUGGCCGUGUAGCUACAACUUUCGUUGGACUCGACGGCGUAUGCGAAAUCUUGAUCGGCAACGGGGCGUGGCGCAUGGCAAAUAGUACUCUCACCAAUGCGCAGAGACGGGUUGGUGCGAAUAUGGUGAUGGCAAGUCUAUGUCUGCAGGCUGCGCUUUUCGCUGGUUUUGGGCUGCUCGCCGCGCUGUUCCACCGUAAAGCGCUGCGUGCGGGGGUGCUGAAGAAAGAGCUGAAGACAGUGCUGUACGUCAUGUACGUGUCUGCGGCAAUUAUCACGAUUCGAUGUAUCUACCGCCUCGUCGAGUACAUUCUGGGCUGGGAAUCCGAAAUCUACCAGAACGAAGUAUACUUCUGGAUCUUCGAAGCAGUGAUCAUGUUUAUCAAUACCGCGCUGCUCAACACGUUCCAUCCUGGCAAGCGCCUACCACGCUCAAACGGGACGUUCCUCGCCAAAGACGGUGUGACCGAACGCAGAGGGCCGGGAUGGGACGACGACAGACCUUGGCCUGUUACGAUUUUCGACCCGUUGGACAUCUGGGGCUUGCUGAGAGGCAAAGAUCAGGAGACUAAGUUUUGGGAUAUGAGCGAUGAGGAGUUGGAGAGGUGCAGGCUGGAGAAGAAAGUCAACAAGAGAAGCGUGCUUGCUGCGCUAUUGGACCCGUUUAGGCUCUGGGGCGAGAGGGGGUAUAUUGGGAAGCAUCUCAAGAAGUAG